GGCACUCAGACUAUUUAUAUCAAGACUUUUGGCUGCUCACAUAACCAGAGUGACAGUGAAUAUAUGGUGGGUCAACUUUCAGCAUUUGGCUAUGCAAUAUCAGACAAUCCUGAGGAGGGAGACCUUUGGCUAAUAAAUACAUGCACAGUGAAAUCUCCAAGUCAGUCAGCUAUGAACACGUUAAUAACAAGGUGUAAAAGUGCAAAUAAGCCAUUGGUGGUUGCUGGGUGUGUUCCUCAAGGAAGUCGAGAUCUGAAAGAGCUAGAAGGGGUCAGUAUAGUUGGAGUCCAGCAAAUUGACCGUGUGGUUGAAGUUGUAGAAGAGACCCUGAAAGGGCAUGAGGUGCGGCUUUUGAACCGCAAGACCUUGCCUGCACUGGACCUUCCUAAGGUCAGAAAGAACAAGUUUGUCGAGAUUCUUCCAAUUAAUGUUGGUUGUUUAGGUGCUUGCACUUAUUGCAAGACAAAGCAUGCUCGUGGUCACUUAGGGAGCUACACUGUUGACAGUCUUGUUGGGCGUGUGAAAUCUGUUAUAGCUGAUGGGGUCAAGGAGAUAUGGUUGAGCAGUGAAGAUACUGGAGCAUAUGGUCGUGACAUUGGGGUUAACCUACCAAUUUUGUUGAAUGCCAUUGUUGUGGAACUUCCUCCUGAUGGGAGCACAAUGCUACGAAUUGGGAUGACCAAUCCUCCUUUUAUCUUGGAGCACCUGAAAGAGAUAGCAGAUGUUUUACGUCAUCCUUGUGUAUAUUCCUUUCUUCACGUACCAGUUCAAUCAGGUGAUGCUAUCUUGACCGAAAUGAAUCGGGAAUAUACUGUGAGCGAGUUUAGGACUGUGGUAGAUACCUUGACUGAACUUGUGCCAGGCAUGCAGGUUGCAACUGAUAUAAUAUGUGGGUUUCCUGGUGAGACUGAUGAAGAUUUUGCUCAAACAGUUAACCUUGUUAAGGAAUACAAGUUCCCACAAGUUCAUAUAUCUCAGUUCUAUCCUAGACCUGGGACACCUGCUGCAAGGAUGAAAAAGGUCCCAAGUACUAUAGUGAAGAAUCGGAGCCGUGAAUUAACUUCUAUUUUUGAAGCUUUUGCACCAUACAAUGGAAUGGAAGGAAGAGUUGAAAGAAUAUGGAUUACUGAAAUUGCAACUGAUGGAAUUCACUUGGUUGGCCAUACGAAGGGAUAUGUGCAGGUUCUUGUAAUUGCUCCAGAAAGUAUGUUGGGUACUUCAGCUAUUGUGAAGAUAACAUCCGUGGGAAGAUGGUCGGUGUUUGGAGAAGUGAUUGAGACUCUCACCCAAGCAAAUGUGAAAAUGUCUCCAGAGAAAGUGUCUAUUCAGGAGAUACGUUCUCCUUGCUCCAAUCAGUAUGAGAGUUGUGCAUGUUCAAAGAAGCCAGGACCUUGCUCCUGUGGACCAGACAGCUGUAGAGGACAGGAUAGAUUGGAAGAGUGCACGGUUUCCAGGAAUGAUAGUUGGAUGGAAGAUCGAAACAGAAAAAAUCUGAUUAGCUGGUUACUGAGGCAGCGAAGGAACCAUGAGAACAAACAGGUUGAGAACAGCAUUACCUUGGGGCUAAAGAAUAAGCAGGACUGGGCCCUGGGCGGCUGGGGUAUUGUUGAUAUGGCUCUGCUCGUUGGAAUCCUUGUCAGCUUUUUGGUGAUUGUAGCUGUAAUAAUGCAUCUAGAAUUUAGGACUUUGUUGUCAAAAUGAAUUUUGUCCUAGAAACCAUUAUAUUCUGUUUUUGGAUUUGGAGGAUUCCCAUGUCAGAAUUGCCUAAACAGAAUUUUUUUUUUGUACCAAUGCAACUUUUUGACACAAGUGCCAAUGAGAUUUGAAAGAUUUUGCUGCGUACAAUGUUCUUCAAUUAGAGAACUCUCGUAUAACAUUUAUGGU